CUUGAUAUAGCGAUUUUGUUAAAGUGAUCAGCCGGGGAGUUUGAAACCCUCCGUAAUCAGCUGACUAUGUCCGGCGACAAUAAAAACCAAAAUGAGGUAGAGGUUAUGGAGUACACAACUGUUAAGGCUAGCUAUGAGUCACUAAACAAGCGGUACAGACGCAAUCACCGAGACAUGGAGAAAGGUAUAGCUGCUUUAAAUAAGUCACUUGACGAGUUGGAAAAUGCAACAGAUAUCACAAAAGCUACAGCAGCACUUAGCAGAGUUCUAGAAACCGUUUGUGGCGUGAAGCGCAAAGCUGAAUUUGUAUGUAUUGAAGAAAGGAAGCUGUUGAAAUCAUGUAAACGCAGAAUAGGACACCUUAGUCAACUGUGUUUGCUUGAUAGUGGGAUGUUUACCCGGGCCUCAGAUGAGCUACAUUUCAACGCUAGUAGUAAUCAAAAGUCUGAAGAAUCAAUUUCUAAAGUUAAUAGUAGUGAAUCAGACACUACACUUAAACGCCGUUCUACUUAUUCUGUUGAUGAACGCGCACUUUGUCUAGCAAGAUUUCAAAGACACUUGACAGAUUAUCUUUUUACAAGUGGUCAACCUUUAUCGGCUUUGAAAUUCGCUCAGGAGAAAGCCGAACUGGGUGAUCUAUGUAUGAUGGAAGUUUUUGAUGAAGCUGUGUCUAUUGAGAAGGCACUUUUAGAAGGAGAUACAGGUCCAGCAUUCUCUUGGUUGCAAGAAGCUAACUUCAAGUUGAAGAAAAACGAUUCGUAUUAUGAAUUUGAUCUUCGUGUAUUCGAGUUCUAUCUACUUGUCAAGCAAGGAAAACGAAUUGAAGCCAUCCAGCAUGCCAGAAAAUACAUGAAUUCAGUGAAACAAGCUGAUGAUUAUCGUGCCACAAAACUUGGUCAGGCGAUGAUUUUAUUGGCAAUGCGUACACCUGAAGAACUUCAGAAUAAGGCAGAUCAGAAUAAGCUAACUGAGGAGUGGAUAGUUAAACGGACUCAUGAAGUACUUAUGGAAUUUUACGCUUACAAUAUUAACACCCCGUUUCAACUGGCUGUUAAUGCUGGAAUUACAGCAAUUAAAACUCAUUACUGUUACAACCCAAAUACUCAACAUCGAGACUGUGCUGUUUGUCAUCCAUUAAUCAACAUGUUGGCAGUGAAUUUGCCAUUUGCUCGUCAUGAUCAUUCUAUAUUAACGUGUUACAAGACUGGUCUUCCUAUGAAUGAUGAAAAUCCCCCAAUGUCAUUACCAAAUGGUUAUGUUUACAGCCAAAAGGGUAUCGCUGAGUUAACACGUCCAGAUGGAACAAUAACAUGUCCUCGUUCAGGGAAAACAUUUGAAGCCUCAGAAGUCCAGAGAGUUUACAUAGUCUGAUUGCUUGACAGUUCUUCCGAUAUGCAUCCACCAUUACAUUGUUACCUUUUUUGUUCAUUCAUAAUUUUCAUUUCUCGCCAUCAGAAUAUCCUGUGGAUGAUCUUAUCUUUCAUCUUUUCGGUUGGUAAUUGUACAAAGUUCUUCCAUUUACAUCGUCAAUAUUUACGACCGACAAAUUGAUUACUAUGAGUUGUAUACAUUAUAUUAACCUCAUUGAUACGUAUUGUAAUUGCAUACAACUUCAUACCAAAAAAUUUAAAUAAAGACUGUCACUUCCUGAUUUUCGAACAAAACUUAACAGUAAACAGUCUACUGGGAAAUUACGUCGAACAAGAUAAGGUAUCACAGUAACUAAUCACAACUACGUUUUUAAAACUAAA